AAAUGAAAGAAAUUAGCGGGGGACCGCCGUCGUAAGUGGGUCCUAUAUCCGACGUAGCAAUGACCGUAGGCGGGCAACCGAAAACAUUAAACAGUAACAUCUUAACCUGAGUGCCACGUGUCCAAUGUUCAAAAGAUUAGGACAAGCCUCGAUCUCUUUAAUUGUAGCCUAUCAGAGAUCCUAAUCUGCAAACUGAAGCAAGCACCCUCCCUCCAUCGGAGAAAAGGAUAUCUCGGGGCUCGCACGGGCAUCACAUCUGCAUCAAAGCUCCGUCGACGACUGGUUGCAAGGAAUGUUUAAUGCUACAAAGGAAGGAUUUUGAACGGGAAAAAGAUUUGUUCCUUUGUGCUAAGGGGAAGUGCAGCUUUGUUGGUGGUGGGGUGUUAAUUAGUAGAUUUGUGCUGGUUGGUGUGUCUAUUAGAAGGUUUGAACAUGAGUUCUCGCAGCAGAAGCAGUAGCAGGAGCAGAGGCCUGAGUCGAAGUAGAAGCAGGAGCCCACGAGAUCGCAGGAUUCGAUCUCACCGAUUUUCACACCGAGAUGCUUCGUUUAGGAGGGAGUCGCGUCAUGGCUUCAGCCAAGGCAAUCUGUGCAACAACUGCAAGCGGCCUGGUCAUUUUGCAAGAGAAUGCAUUAAUGUUUCUGUUUGCAAUAACUGUGGUCUUCCUGGGCACAUUGCAUCCGAGUGCACUACACAGGCACAAUGUUGGAAUUGUCGAGAGCCAGGGCAUGUGGCCAGUCACUGUCCCAAUGAGGGCAUCUGCCACUCAUGUUGCAAGACUGGACACCGUGCCAGAGACUGCCCCAAUCCCCAAAUGCAAUCCGGAGACAUGAGACUCUGCAACAACUGCUUUAGGCCAGGGCAUCUAGCUGCUGACUGCACAAAUGAUAAAGCAUGCAAGAACUGCCGGAAAACGGGUCAUCUAGCUCGUGAUUGUCACAGUGAUCCUGUUUGCAACUUGUGCAACAUAUCUGGCCAUGUCGCUCGGCAAUGCCCAAAGGGCCAUAUUCUUUCUGAUAGGGGUGGUGGCAGCCGGAACAAUGGUUAUCGUGAUGUGGUCUGCCGGAACUGCAAUCAAGUGGGACAUAUCAGCAGGGAAUGCAGAGGUGCCCCUAUCAUCUGCCACAAUUGUGGUGGCAGGGGACACAUGGCAUACGAGUGCCCAUCCGGCAGGCUGGCCGACCGUGGAUACCGUCGAUACUGAAACAUAAGUUAGGAUUACUGCUUUUCAAGGAUAGGAGCUUGUAGUACACGGAGAGCACAGGAGUUUGAACUGUGGCCUUGGGUCAUUUUAAAUCUUCCAAAAGAGUGGUUAUUUGGUUCUGAAUGUCUUGUUUUUGUCUGCAAAAACCUUUUUAGUCUUGAAAAUGUGUAUGCUUAGACCCCAAUUUAUCUUCUUUUCACUGA